CUAAAGCCACUCAAAACUUCCAAUCUCCAGAGGCUAUCCACAGCUAGCUAACUAUUGUUUUAAUAUAUUGAUAUCUAAUUAAUGGUUCCCUGCUUGCAGCCGUUCGAGCACUCUCUUUGCAAACUCUUGGAAAACGCUACAAAAGAGAAUAAAAUGAAAGAACGAUUAUCUAGAGAACAUCAAACCUGGAACCACAGUUCUCCAAAGGUUUCUAAUAUACGAACAAGACCCAAGAGGUUUACAGGAGCCUUUAAGACCUAGUCUUUUGUACAAAGUAAUGCAUAUGUUGUUCUCCAAUAAUACAACAAUAUCUUCACUAGGUUCUCAUUCCAUACAAAGUUUUUGCAACUCCCUGGAAGCUGUCGCAUUUUUUUGAGUCAUCCCCAUCAAUGGAUCCGGUCGAUGAAAAGAGAGAUAUCUGGAUCUCCAAGAGCCUUUCGUAUCUUCUACGGCACGGCGCCAAGAAAGAAAAGCUAGAAAUAGAUGACCAUGGGAACGUGGAGAUGCAGCAUCUCCUCAAUCACAAUCGAAUUAAGUGUCGACAUGUUACCCUCGAGGAUGUGAAGAGAGUGGUCACAAACAACAAUAAAAACCGGUUUGCCCUCAAGCAACACAAUGGAAAGUUGUACAUAUGCGCACAGAAUGGCCAUUCUAUAGGAAUCUCCAACCAAAACCUUGAAAAGUUAGAGCCACUGGCAGUACCAGCAGGACUAUUUCACGGUACCUACAAAGCUAAACUUCCCGCGAUAAUCGCUAGUGGAGGUCUCAGCCGAAUGAACCGAAACCACAUUCAUCUCACCACAAACAUGAAUUACGUCCGUCCUACUUGCGAUAUCCUUAUUUUCAUCGAUACCGAAAAGUGUGUAGAGCGAGGAAUUGUAUUUUACAAGAGCGGAAACGAUGUUUAUUUGACAGAGGGUCUAGGCGGGAUUGUCGGUCCAGAUUUAUUCAGGCGGGUUGAAGAACGCCUUUCUGGAGCAAAUGUUCAGUACGAGCUUUUGUAGUGCCGCGAACUGGCCAGACCAUUUACAGCUGCGCAAGUGGGGGUGACUGGCAAUUAUAUACUCCCGACGUACAUAUACUAGAAACGCAAAUGGAAACGCAUUUCAUGGAGCCCAUAAUUAGAGGCUGGAUAAUCGC